GAAGAUGUUUUUUGACGGUGGAUAUUAUCGGCCCCUGCCCCAUCCUCCGGGGGAGGGAUUGGAUGUGAAUGUGAGAAGAUUCGUCAGUCCACAGAAUUUGGAUUAUGUUAAGUUUCGAGGCAGAAAGUUGAAGAAAGGCCUCUCGAAGCAGUACGAACCCUCGACCGAUGCUUUCGAAGGUUUGGACGUUUUUGAAAAUAACAUCAAGCCAGCUUAUAGACAAGCUGUGAUAAAGGUUCGACCAAUCUGUCAAACGGCCUGCCAACGUUUUAACAGUGAGAGAUUGGUCGAAGAUGUGGAGGAUGAAGGAGUAAGCGCGGUUCCUCCACGAAACACCAAAGCAGAGCACGAAGACUGCGUGCGAGGUAAUCCUGGCCAUUCCAGGGAUAGAAAUACAUUGAAGAAAGUCGGGUCGUUCUUUAAGAGCGUGUGGAAACCCGUUAAGAGAUCCGUGCAGAAGGUGUGUAAAAUGGCCAGAAGUGGAGAAUGCGAGUACGUUCGGUUCGAGUAAGGAUCUCUUGGCUUCCAUCUGUAGCAAUCAAUCGAGAAUAAGAUCUGCUCUGUGAUUUGCUGGAUCUGGGCCGAGUUGGCUAAUUGUGUUUAUGAUAUGGUUUUUUCUGCAAACCAUCGAU